UGAAAAGCAUCCCAAAGCACAAAGAAAACGCACUGCAGCACCACUUCCUGCGCUGCUGCUCAUCACACACCGUAGUACUAACACUCCAUCGCCACAAUGGCUCCCAAGGUUGCGCUCUUCCUUGCCCUCAGCCUCCUCUUCGCUGCCGCCGCGCAUGGCUGCGGACCCUAUUGCUCCGGCCCAGUCGUACCAACCCCACCAGUCGUGCCGUCGCACAGCCACGGGCGCUGCCCGAUCGACGCGCUGAAACUCAAGGUGUGCGCCAACGUGCUGGGCCUCGUCAAGGUCGGCCUGCCCCAACACGAGCAAUGCUGCCCGCUGCUGGAGGGCCUGGUGGACCUCGACGCCGCAUUGUGCCUCUGCACCGCCAUCAAGGCCAACGUCCUCGGCAUCCACCUCAACGUGCCCCUUAGCCUCAACCUCAUCCUCAACAAUUGCGGCAAGAUUUGCCCAAAGGACUUUACUUGCCCCAACUAAUUGAGCUGAAUAUGGAGAUAAAGCCAGCAUCCAAGGAAUGUAACCCUUAGUGUUCCAUCUCGCGAUUCCGAUUGUUACUUGAUCAUCAUCACUGUUUAUCUAUUUUUAUAUUUAAUUAUCAAUAAGAAACAUUCACAUUUUUUGUUUUGAGAAAGAUGACAAAAUAUGUGCACCAUUACUAUUUUAGAACAAUCAUGUUCUUUGUC